CUUUUUUUCCCUUUUAAAAUAGAGAAAAUUUGGGCGGCUGUAUUUUAAGUCAUCUUUGCUUCAUAUUCCAAGCAAAAGGGCUGCUUGUCCUACACUUUUAUUUCAUUAUUGACCCUAAGCAGCUUGUUUUUCUUACUAAUUUGCAAAAAUGGGGUUGAGAUCUUCAGAAAAAUCAACAAAAAAGCACAAAAAAGGAUUAUGGUCACCUGAAGAAGAUCAAAGGCUGAAAGACUAUAUUCUUCAGUAUGGCAUUAGUUGCUGGAGUUCUGUGCCUCUCAACGCUGGGUUGCAGAGGAAUGGAAAGAGCUGCAGAUUAAGAUGGAUUAAUUACUUGAGACCGGGAUUGAAACGAGGCAUGUUUAGCACACAAGAAGAAGAAAUGAUUCUGACUCUUCACCAAACCUUAGGGAACAAAUGGUCUCAAAUAGCAAAACACUUGCCAGGAAGGACAGACAAUGAGAUAAAGAACUACUGGCACUCUUACUUGAAGAAAAGAGCAAGUAUUUCUAGAGAUGCUGAAGCUACUUAUACAGAACCUAAAUUUGCUGAUAUCUCAAACACAGAAGAAAAUGAUUUUCUGGUGAAUCAAAGAAAUACAUCUUUUGAAAGUGGAGAACAAGUACAAACUCAUGAAAGUUUUCUACCCAAACUUGCUUUUGCUGACUGGCUUCCAAUUAGUAACAAUGUAGGGCAAAAUGGGCUAAUUAGUUAUCAGUUAACUUCUGAAAAAAAUGGUUUUGGUUGCACAACAGAGAAACAGGAUGAAUUUCUCAAUGGUUUUGGGUAUAUUAAUGAAGCUGGCUCGUCGUCGAGCAGCGACAAGUUUUGUGAGGAUGGUGGAGAUGAUUUGCAGAAGGGAAUGCUGGAUUCACCAUUUAGGUUCAAGGAUCAAAGUGCAUUAGGAAGUGAUUUCAUAGAAUUUUCUGCUGCAGAUAUGUUAUAUAGUGGAUAUUAUUACAUGUCUAAUAGUGGGAUUUAUUCUUAAUCCACUAGUAUUACGGUGUUUCAAGGUAGUGUUGGAAUAACUCCAUCUCGGAGAUGAGCAAAAUCAUCCAAUCUCAAACAUGUCAGCGCGAUUAACCUUAAAAAUUCUUGUCUAACGGGGAGGAGAUGAGCCAGACAUCAUUUUAUGUACAAAAAGCACACUAUAUAAACAUUUAUGCGCUAUCUAUCAUGUAUACUAUAUAGGAGUA